AUGUCGGGUGGAAGGAUACUUGACGUUACCGACUCCGGAGAGGUGACCUAUGUUUUUCAACAAGUCGGCGCUGGUCAAGCGGCAGUUUCCCUGCUGCGUGCUUGGACUACAGACGCAUACCACCACUCGUUGGUUUUCGGCCGUGACUUCAAGCAGAGUUUGGAGCUUGUCAUGUUGCCAACUGGCCUUCAGACUUUGACACUCAGCCCGGUUUUCAACUUCAGCUUGGAAGGCGUGGCUCUGCCACCGAAUUUGAAGACCCUCAACCUCGGCAACAUGUUCAACCAGAGUUUGGAAAAUGUUAAGCUGCCAGAGGGCCUGCAGACGUUGACCUUCAGUGAGAUGUUCGACCAAAGUUUGGAGGGUGUGCUGCUGCCGCAGAGCUUGAAAGCGCUGACGUUUGGCUACCGCUUCAACCAGAAUUUAGAGCGAGUCACUCUGCCAAGCAACUUACAAACCUUGAACUUUGGAAGAGGCUUCAACCAGAGCAUGAGCCGUGUGGUCCUGCCCAGCAGCCUGAAGACAUUAACCUUUGGGAGCUUAUUCAACCAGAGCUUGGAAGGUGUCGUUCUGCCUGGCUGUCUGCAGACCCUGACAUUCGGCUUCUUCUUCAAUCAGAGCCUUGAGCCUGUUACGCUCCCCAGUAGCCUGCAAACCUUGAGCUUUGGCCACGAAUUCAACCAGAAUUUGGAGCGUGCCAUACUACCGAGCGGCUUGCAGAUAUUGAGCCUCGGCGACGUUUUCAAUCAGAGUAUGAGACAUGUCACACUUCCGAGCAACCUCCAGACGUUGACCUUCAGUGAGAUGUUUGACCACAGCUUGGACUCCAUCACCUUGCCGGAGACCUUGCAAACGCUCACAUUUGGUGUCAUACUGCCCGACGGCCUUCAGUCAUUGACAUUCGGCAAUGACUUCAACCAAAGCUUGAUAGGCGUCACUUUGCCAGAUAACCUGAAGACGCUGGCUUUUGGCAACAGCUUCCACCAAAGCUUGGCGGGUGUCAAUCUUCCGACCAGCGUACGGACGUUGAGCUUCGGUGAUGGUUUCAACCAGACAUUGGAUUGUGUCGUGUUGCCGAGCAGCCUGCAGACAUUGACCUUUGGCAGCUUGUUCAAUCAGAGCUUGGAAUCCGUCACGCUCCCAGAAGGACUGCAAACACUGGCCUUGGGUAGCAAUUUCAAUCGCAGCUUGGAGCGCGUGGCGCUGCCGGAGAGUCUACAGACACUGACGUUCGGCCAUUGGUUCAACCAGAGCGUGCUGAGCGUCAAAUGGCCAGGCAGCCUGCGAACAUUGACGUUUGGUCAUGAGUUCAACCAGUCUUUGCAAAGCGUCCGGUUUCCACACAGCUUGCAGACCCUGACUUUUGGACAAAGAUUUGACCAAAGCUUUGAGGAUGUUUCUCUCCCGCAUGGCCUGCAAACUCUGACCCUUGGUUCCGAUGUGCUGCACCGUCAAGACUUGAAUGGCAGUUCAUUUCCGAGCAGUCUCUCCAAUUUCCGUCGUCACGACAUAGCAGUUUCCACUUGCAUGUGA